AUGUCUGAAACCGAGACGUUUGCCUUUCAGGCCGAGAUCAACCAGCUUCUCAGUCUUAUCAUCAACACCUUCUACUCCAACAAGGAGAUCUUUCUAAGGGAACUUAUCAGUAACGCCUCUGAUGCUUUGGAUAAGAUCCGUUUUGAGAGUUUGACAGACAAGAGCAAGCUUGAUGGGCAACCUGAGUUGUUUAUCCAUAUCAUUCCUGAUAAGGCAAACAACUCUUUGACCAUUAUUGAUAGUGGUAUUGGAAUGACCAAAGCUGAUUUGGUGAACAACUUGGGUACCAUUGCAAGGUCUGGUACCAAGGAAUUCAUGGAAGCUAUUGCUGCCGGUGCUGAUGUUAGCAUGAUUGGACAGUUUGGUGUUGGUUUUUACUCUGCAUAUCUUGUUGCUGAGAAGGUGAUUGUUACCACCAAGCACAAUGAUGAUGAACAGUAUGUGUGGGAGUCCCAGGCUGGUGGGUCAUUCACUGUUACUAGGGAUACUUCUGGUGAGGUUCUUGGAAGGGGUACUAAGAUCACCCUUUACCUUAAGGAAGAUCAGCUCGAGUACCUUGAGGAGCGUCGUUUGAAGGACUUGGUUAAGAAGCAUUCUGAGUUCAUUAGUUACCCAAUUUCUCUAUGGAUUGAGAAGACUAUUGAAAAGGAGAUUUCUGAUGAUGAGGAUGAGGAAGAUAAGAAGGAUGAGGAGGGUAAAGUAGAGGAAGUUGAUGAAGAGAAGGAGAAGGAGGAGAAAAAGAAGAAGACUAUUAAGGAGGUGUCUCAUGAAUGGGAUUUGGUGAACAAGCAAAAGCCUAUCUGGAUGAGGAAGCCAGAAGAGAUUGGAAAGGAAGAAUACUCUGCUUUCUACAAGAGUCUUACAAAUGAUUGGGAAGAGCAUUUGGCUGUCAAGCACUUCUCUGUUGAGGGUCAACUUGAGUUUAAGGCUGUUCUUUUUGUACCCAAGAGGGCACCCUUUGACCUUUUUGACACAAAGAAGAAGCCCAACAACAUUAAGCUUUAUGUUCGCAGGGUCUUUAUCAUGGACAACUGUGAGGAGUUGAUUCCUGAGUAUCUUGCCUUUGUUAAAGGUAUUGUUGAUUCAGAGGAUCUUCCUCUCAAUAUCUCAAGAGAAACAUUGCAGCAGAACAAGAUCUUGAAGGUUAUUCGCAAGAACUUGGUUAAGAAGUGUCUUGAACUUUUCUUUGAAAUUGCUGAGAACAAGGAGGAUUACAACAAGUUUUAUGAGGCUUUCUCUAAGAAUUUGAAGCUUGGUAUCCAUGAGGAUUCUCAGAACAAGGGAAAGAUCGCUGAACUUCUUAGGUACCACUCCACCAAGAGUGGUGACGAGCAGACCAGUCUCAAGGACUACGUCACGAGGAUGAAGGAAGGACAGAGUGAUAUCUACUACAUUACUGGUGAAAGUAAGAAGGCUGUUGAGAACUCUCCAUUCUUGGAGAAGUUGAAGAAGAAGGGAUAUGAAGUUCUGUAUAUGGUUGAUGCUAUUGAUGAGUAUGCUGUUGGUCAACUCAAGGAAUUUGAGGGAAAGAAGUUGGUAUCUGCUACCAAGGAGGGUUUGAAACUUGAAGAAACUGAGGAUGAGAAGAAGAAACAGGAAGAAUUGAAGGAGAAGUUUGACAAUCUCUGCAAGGUGAUUAAGGAGGUUUUGGGUGACAAGGUUGAGAAGGUUAUUGUUUCUGACCGUGUUGUUGAUUCACCAUGCUGUCUUGUAACUGGUGAAUAUGGCUGGACUGCUAACAUGGAGAGAAUCAUGAAGGCUCAGGCUUUGAGGGACAGCAGCAUGGCUGGUUACAUGUCUAGCAAGAAAACAAUGGAAAUCAACCCAGAGAACUCCAUCAUGGAGGAGCUGAGGAAGCGUGCUGAUGCUGACCGCAAUGACAAGUCUGUGAAGGACCUUGUACUUUUGCUCUUUGAGACCGCUCUUCUCACUUCUGGGUUCAGCCUUGAUGAGCCAAACACUUUUGGAAACAGGAUCCACAGAAUGUUGAAGCUUGGAUUGAGCAUUGACGAUGAUGCCGCAGAAGCUGAUGCUGAUAUGCCUCCAUUGGAAGAAGCUGAUGCUGAUGCUGAGGGAAGCAAGAUGGAAGAGGUUGAUUAA